AUGUCAACAACUAAUCAUAAAAGAAAUUUAUCCACAGAAAAUUUGAAUGGUUCAAAUAAAAGAGUUAACCUUGAAGGUCAACAGAAUCAAGAUAUUUCCAUAGAUCAAGAUAUUUCAAUAGGUUCACCAGACUCCACAUCAAAUGAUAUAGAAUCAAUCCCAGUGAUAUCGGAGGCUCUUACAAAUGGUAAAUGGCAUGAUACUAUAAAUAAAGUUGUUAAAAGUGUUGUUUCUAUUCAUUUUGCUCAAACUGCUAGUUUUGAUUGUGAUCCUGCUAUUGUUAGUGAAGCUACAGGUUUUGUUGUUGAUUCAGAAAGAGGUAUUAUUUUAACAAAUAGACAUGUUGUUGGUGCUGGUCCUUUUUGGGGUUAUGCAAUCUUUGAUAAUCAUGAAGAAGCUGUUGUGAAACCAAUUUAUAGAGAUCCAGUUCAUGAUUUUGGGUUUUUAAAAUUUGAUCCAAAAAAUAUCAAAUAUAUGGAAGUUCAAUCUUUAGAAUUAAAACCUGAUUUAGCAAAAGUUGGUACAGAAAUUAGAGUUGUGGGUAAUGACGCUGGUGAAAAAUUAUCAAUUUUAGCUGGGUUUAUCAGUAGAAUUGAUCGUAAUACCCCAGAAUACGGUGGGUUAACUUAUAAUGAUUUCAACACAGAAUAUAUACAAGCAGCUGCCAGUGCAUCUGGUGGUUCAAGUGGUUCUCCAGUUGUGAAUGUUGAUGGGUAUGCUGUCGCCUUACAAGCCGGUGGUUCAACUGAAGCUUCAACUGAUUUUUUCUUACCAGUAUAUCGUGUAUUAAGAGCUUUAAAAUGUAUUCAAGAAAGUUUACCUGUAACUAGAGGUACUAUUCAAACACAAUGGAUGUUAAGACCAUUUGAAGAAUGUCGUCGUUUAGGUCUUUCUGAUGAAGCUGAAAAAAGAGCACGUGAAAAAUUCCCAGAAAUUAUAGGGUUAUUAGUUGCUGAAGUUAUAUUACCUGAAGGUCCUGCUGAUCAAAAAAUUAAAGAAGGUGAUACAUUAAUUUCAAUUAAUGGUAUUGAAAUUUCAAAUUUUAUUAAAGUUGAUGAUAUAUUAGAUUCACAUGUUGGUGAAGAAGUUGAAAUUAUUUUACAAAGAGGAGGAGAAGAUAUAAUUGUUAAAUGUGAUGUUGGUAAUUUACAUGAUAUAACACUAAGUAGGUAUCUGGAAGUUGGUGGUGCCUCUUUCAAUGAUAUGAGUUAUCAAAUGGCAAGAAUUUAUGCAAUCCCAGUGAAAGGUGUUUUCAUUAAUAAUGCUACAGGUUCUUUCUUUUUAGAUAAACAAGAAACUACAGGUUGGGUUAUUGAUACAAUUAAUGAUGUUGAUAUUCCAAACUUAGAUAAAUUUAUUGAAGUUAUGAAAUCAAUUCCAGAUAGAUCAAGAGUUUCAAUGCAAUUCCGUCAUAUUUCUGAUUUACAUUCACCACAUAAUUCAACUAUUUAUGUUGAUCGUCAUUGGUGUACAAGUUUUAGAUUAGCAACAAGAAAUGAUGAAACAGGAUUAUGGGAUUUUACUGAAUUAGGUGAUGCAUUACCACCUGUUCCACAAAGUCCAAGAGCUGUUAAAUUUAUUGAUAUACCAAUUGAUCAACCAGGUUGUGCUCAAUUAAGUAGAAGUUUGGUACUUGUUACAUCAACUAUUCAUAUUCCUGUUGAUGCAUUCCCAGCUAUUAGAAAAAGACAACAUGGUCUUGUGAUUGAUGCUUCCAAAGGUUUAGUCAUUGUUUCUAGAAAUGUUGUUCCACAUGAUUGUUUAGAUGUACAUGUUGUUGUUGCAGAAUCAGUUAUUAUACCAGCUAGAGUUAAAUUUUUACAUCCAACUCAAAAUUUUGCAAUUAUUCAAUAUGAUCCAUCAUUAAUUAAAACUGAAGUUUUAACUCCAAAAUUUAGUGAUGUUCCAUUGAAAAGAGGUGAUAAGGCAACUUUUGUUGGUUAUAAUUAUAAUUCAAGAGUUGUUACAUCAGAAACUAAAGUUACUGAUAUUGCAUCAAUUAAUGUUCCACGUCAUGUUUUAUCACCACGUUAUAGAGGUUCUAAUUUAGAAUCUGUUGCAUUUGAUACUAAUUUAGUUUCGCAAUGUGGAUCAGGUGUUUUAGCAGAUUCUGAUGGUACAAUUAGAGCUUUAUGGAUGUCAUUUUUAGGUGAAGGUGGUAAAGAUUCUGAUACAAUUUAUAAAAUGGGUAUUGAUAUAACUGAAUUAACUCCAUUUAUUAAAGAUUUCACUGAAGGUAUUGAUCCAAUUGUUAAGAUUGUUGAUGCAGAAUUUUUUGGAUUAUCAUUAGUUCAAGCAAGAAUUAGAGGAGUUUCAGAUGAAUGGAUUGAAAAAAUUGAAAAUUCAGGUAAAGAUAGAUUACAAUUUUUAGCUGUAUCAAGAGUUUCAGUUCCAGCUGUUAAUCAACCAAAAUCUAAUUUAGAACCUGGUGAUAUUGUUUUAUCAAUUGAUAAUAAACCAGUUUAUAGUAUAACUGAUAUUACAGCUAAAAGUACCAAAAAUGAAUUAAAUUUCAAAAUUGUUAGAAGAAGACAAGAAAUUGAAGUUUUAGUUCCAACAGUUGAAAUUAAACCAACAGAUCAUUUAGUUUUUUGGUGUGGUGCGGUUUUACAAGAACCUCAUCAUGCAGUUCGUCAAUCCAUGUUAAAUUUACCAAGUCAAGUUUAUGUUACAAAUAGAAUGCAAGGUUCACCAGCACGUCAUUAUGGUAUUAGUUCAACAAAUUUUAUAACACAUGUUAAUGGUAUUCCAACCCCAACAUUAGAUAAAUUUGUUGAAGUUGUUAGACAAAUUGGAGAUAACACAUAUUGUAAAUUAAGAUUAGUUUCAUUUGAUAAUGUACCAUUUGCAAUUUCAAUCAAGACUAAUUAUCAUUAUUUCCCAACAGGAGAAUUGAAAAGAGACACUAAAUUGAACAAUUGGUUCGAUAUUGAAUAUGAUGUAAAGAAUAAAGAAAGUAAAGUUUCACAUAUUUGA